CAAUUUAUAUUUAAAUUUGCGUAAUAUGUGUUGCCUAACUACUAGAAUUGCAUCAACAAUUUUCAAAUUUGACAUUAAUGACACUUGACAUACACGUCAAAAAAUUGUUUACUUUUUAGAUUUUUUCUAAAUUAUUCACAAUUUAUCUAAAUUUACAAGGAGAUUUAGCGUAACACGCACGGUGCUCAUAUAUUCCACGCGCACCAGCAUAAAAUAAACCACCGGUCGGACUCUAACACAAAUUACAACGUUUCCUGAAGAAGUUAUUGUGGGUGUCAAAUGUGCUUGAUGAUGUGGAAGUCAAUGAAAUUGGACCACAUCAGCCAAUAAAUUCGAGCCACGCGGCCGUGCGUUUGAACAUCUAUUUCAGUUAGCAAAGUAGGACGUUUUAGUCGCUAUCGUAGUGUCGUUUCGAGCAAAACUCCACCGAAAAAAUGCGCUACUUGUUGGUUUUUAGUGCAAUUACCGCGGUAUUAGCCAACGAUGCCUCGCACGAAAAUCGAGUGUUCAAUAAAGAACUGAGCGAUAAGGAACAUUUCGAAAACGAACACCACAAUCCCGAGUACGAUCACGAGGCUUUUCUGGGCCCAAAAGAUGCGAAAACAUUCGACCAGUUACCGCCCGAGGAGAGCAAACGAAGACUCGGAGUGAUUUUCGAUAAAAUUGACUCGAACAACGACGGUUUCAUCAACCGCGAAGAGUUGAAAGAUUGGAUUAGAUUCACUCAAAAACGGUACAUAUCGGAAGAUGUAGAUAGGCAGUGGAGGCAGCAAAAUCCCGAUGAUAAUCCUACGCUCACUUGGGAGAAAUACCAGAAAUUGGUGUAUGGUUUUCUGGACAACAUGGACCAAGCCGAGCUCGAAAAAGAAACCGAAGGAUUUUCAUAUCAGAACAUGAUGAAGCGGGACAAAAGGCGCUGGGCUACAGCCGAUCGAAACGACGACGAAGCCCUCACGAAAGAAGAAUACUCUGCAUUCCUACACCCCGAAGAAAACGACUACAUGCGCGAUCUAGUCGUCCUAGAAACCAUGGAGGACAUCGACAAAGACAAAGACGGUAAAAUAUCCUUGCAGGAAUACAUCGGAGACAUGUACAGGGGCGACGAGAACGAGGAGGAGCCGGAUUGGGUGAAGAGCGAGCGCGAGCAGUUCAACACCUACCGAGACAAGGACGGCGACGGUUUCAUGGACGAGGAGGAGGUGAAGAACUGGAUCAUACCGCAGGACUUCGAUCACGCCGAGGCCGAGGCGCGGCAUUUGAUCUACGAGGCGGAUUCGGACGCCGACGAGCGGCUCGCCAAAGACGAAGUGUUGGGUAAAUACGAUCUGUUCGUCGGUUCGCAGGCCACCGAUUUCGGGGAGGCUCUGGCCCGGCACGAUGAGUUUUAAAUGCCAAAUCCUUCGCGCUGUUAUUGGAUACUCGAUAGGCUAGGAGGCGAGAAGGUUUCGUUUUUUUCUAUUCGAUUUUUUGCCCCCCCAGGGAAUCCGAUGGCGUUUAUGUUUCCUAUAAGUACGAGGGUAGGGUGAAAAGUUCUCGGUCUGAUAUAAUGAAGGCGCUCCUAUUAGCAAUAAAAUUCGUUUCCUAUUUGGGACGUUUAUAAUUAAUUUAAGAACUGU